AGUCUUGUUUCAUUGAGGUUAAGUUCGGGUAGUUUAGUUUGUCUCGUUUAGUAUUAGUUUGUGUUCAGUUCAGUUUAAUUGAGAUUAAAUUAUGGAAUUGAAUGGAAUAUUUUAUAGUCUCAUGUGACAAGUCACAGUGAAAUUCUUCGCUUGCGUUACCCGACGUUUGCCAACAGUCACCACAUCAAGGGGCGUUGACACAGUUACAAAGUUACCCCGCUGCCUCCCCCUUUGUUCUUCUCCUGCCCCCACCUCACCCCUCACAGUGGUACCCGUUUCCUCACCGAGGCUUCACCGCUGCUGCCAAGAAGAGGUCCCUCCGCCGAGGCUCCACCGCCAGUGCUCCAUCGCCGAGGCUCCUCCGCCAAGGCCCCACCGCCACCAAGAGGCCCCACCGCCACCAAGAGGCUCCACCGCCACCAAGAGGCCCCACCGCCACCAAGAGGCCCCACCGCCACCAAGAGGCUCCACCGCCACCAAGAGGCCCCACCGCCACCAAGAGGCCUCAUCGCCACCGCCGAGGCUCCACCGCCACCAAGAGGCCCCACCGCCACCAAGGGGCCCCACCGCCACCAAGAGGCUCCACCGCCACCAAGAGGCCCCACACCGCCACCAAGAGGCCUCACCGCCACCAAGGGGCCCCACCACCACCAAGAGGCCCCACCGCCACCGCCGAGGCUCCACCGCCACCAAGAGGUCCCUCCGCCAAGGCACCACUGCCGAGGCUCCACCGCCACCAAGAGGCCCCACCGCCAUCAAGAGGCUCCACUGCCGAGGCUCCACCGCCACCAAGAGGCCCACUGCUGCCACCGCCGAGGCUCCACCACCGCAACCAGGGCCACAAAGCCAAGGCCAAGUCUCAGCGCCGAGUGAGGGAUGUCAGAGACGGAGACUGAUGCGGAGAGGGAGGCGGGAUCUCAGAUUGAAGAUGAAGGGCAGGAGGAAGAGGAUGAAGAAAAAGAGGAACAGCCUGAACCGAAGCCUCUAACGACAGAAAUCCUGGCGGAAUCGUUAUCCCUUCUGUGCAAAACUGGAAACUCUCUGUCUCACGCCUACGUCCGCGCCGAUCUGCGCGAUCGUGAGCUAACUGACAUCAACGCCCUGCGUCCAUUUGUCCACCUGCGUUACGUGGAUAUCUCUGGGAACAUGAUCCAGGAUAUCUCUCCUUUGGCCAACCUGAGCCAGCUGCUGUGGGUGUCUGCGGAUGGGAACCACCUCUCCAGCGCCCAAGUGGAGGAGCUGCCCUUCCUUCAGGUGGCCAGCUUCGCCCGCAACUCCAUCCGGGACACGGAGGGAAUCUACCACCCACUGCUGGAGACUCUCAAUCUGAACAAUAAUCAGAUUCGGGAGGUUUCUGGAUUGGAUCCCAUGAAGCUGUCUCGCCUCCACACGCUGGAACUGCGAGGCAACCUGUUAGAAUCCACUCGUGGGAUUAUCUUGCCAAACCUGCGCCACUUGUACCUGGCGGCCAACACCAUCAGCCGAUUGGAAGACUUAGACGCCCUCACGGGUCUCCAGACUCUUCACUUGCGAGAAAAUCACAUUGAAACCCUACAGGGCUUCAGCCCAACAAUGGUGGCUCUGCAAUAUAUCAACCUCAGGAGUAACCUAAUUGUCGAAAUCAAUGAAUUGAAACACCUCGAAUGUGUGCCUAAUCUUCGAGCGUUAGUCCUUGCAGAUAACCCAUGUGCUGAGGAAGACUCCCACCGCCUCGAGGCUCUCCUCACCGUCCCUGGACUGGAGAGACUCGACAAGGACAGUUUUGGGAUUGACGAGAGGGCCGAGGCAGCCAGCACCAGGAAGCAGAGGGAAGAAGAGGCGGCGGCGGAGAAGGCCGCCAAAGACCAGGACAUUGAGGGGCUGGACACGACCUGAGGGCCCUCGAGGGGCCUGAGCGACGAGGCAAGGCUGGAAGGGGUAGUGAGGGCCUUUCAUGUGGCCUGAUGGGGUUGUGAGGGGCCGGAAGCCCUUUCCAGGAGUCUGAGGAAGGAAUGAGGGGCACAAGGGAAGGGAGUUAGAGGUGAGUGAGAGGGAGUGAGGAGGGAAGGAAUGAGGCCCUGAGGUGCUCUCACUCUCUCCCCUCCUCCCCAUCACUCCUCACCCCUCUCCCUUCCUCACUCCCCCUACCUUCUCACUCCCUCCCAUCUCCUCUCCACACUCUCCCCCAUUCUUCUCUCCUUUCCCUCCUUCGUUUAGUUUACUUUAAUUUAGUGUAGGUUAGAUUAGUUUAGCAGUGGUUUAGUUUAGCUCCCCCCUCCCUCCUGUCCCUCCCUCCUCUCCUCUCCCUCACUACAUUCCUCCCUCCCUCCCAUUUGUCUCUAAACUCAACGGAACUCUAUUCCCAGCUUCCUCUGCAUUCACUGCAUUUACUUAAAAAUUAUUGUCUAAUUCUAUAAAGUCAGUAAAAUGAAA